AUGGCACCUGAACCUGAGGAUGAGAUCAAGGACGAGAAGAACCCUAGGCCCCUUGAUGAAGACGAUAUUGCCCUCCUCAAAACCUAUGGAUUAGGACCGUAUUCAACAAGCAUAAAGAAAGUUGAGAAGGAAAUCAAGGAGAUGGCAAAGAAGAUUAAUGAUUUAUGUGGUAUCAAGGAAUCUGACACUGGUUUAGCAGCACCAAGUCAAUGGGAUCUUGUAUCUGAUAAGCAAAUGAUGCAGGAGGAACAACCUCUUCAGGUUGCACGAUGUACGAAGAUCAUUAAUCCAAACACAGAGGAUGCAAAGUAUGUUAUAAAUGUUAAGCAAAUUGCCAAGUUUGUUGUUGGAUUAGGCGAUAAAGUUUCACCUACUGAUAUUGAAGAAGGCAUGCGUGUUGGUGUGGACAGGAAUAAAUAUCAAAUUCAGAUUCCUUUGCCUCCAAAAAUUGAUCCAAGUGUUACAAUGAUGACAGUUGAGGAAAAGCCAGAUGUUACCUAUAAUGAUGUUGGAGGAUGUAAGGAGCAGAUUGAAAAAAUGCGAGAGGUUGUUGAGCUGCCUAUGCUUCAUCCUGAGAAAUUUGUGAAGCUGGGAAUCGAUCCUCCAAAGGGUGUUCUGUGUUAUGGUCCUCCUGGUACUGGCAAAACUCUGCUAGCCAGAGCUGUGGCUAAUCGAACUGAUGCAUGUUUUAUUCGUGUUAUUGGGAGUGAACUUGUGCAGAAAUAUGUAGGUGAGGGAGCUCGCAUGGUUCGUGAACUAUUUCAGAUGGCUCGCUCUAAAAAAGCUUGCAUUGUAUUUUUUGAUGAAGUAGAUGCCAUUGGAGGUGCACGGUUUGAUGAUGGUGUGGGUGGAGACAAUGAAGUUCAGCGCACCAUGCUUGAAAUUGUGAAUCAGCUUGAUGGAUUUGAUGCUCGUGGAAACAUAAAAGUUCUAAUGGCGACCAAUAGACCUGAUACCCUUGAUCCAGCAUUGUUACGUCCUGGACGACUAGAUCGUAAAGUGGAAUUUGGACUGCCAGAUCUAGAAAGUAGGACUCAAAUAUUCAAGAUUCAUACACGCACAAUGAAUUGCGAGAGGGACAUCCGGUUUGAACUUCUCGCUCGGCUUUGCCCAAAUUCUACGGGAGCCGACAUAAGAAGUGUGUGCACAGAAGCUGGCAUGUAUGCCAUCAGAGCAAGAAGGAAGACUGUUACUGAGAAAGAUUUUCUAGAUGCUGUCAACAAAGUGAUUAAAGGCUAUCAGAAGUUCAGUGCAACACCAAAAUAUAUGGUUUAUAAUUGAUUCCCGUUUCUCAUUCAAUUUUCAGUAUGGCGUCGUAUGGGAGCCCAGAGUCACCGGACCCUCCAUUGGUAUUCUCUCUGACAACUAUACUAGAAGGAGAAGUUCUCUUUUAGCUUGGCUGCUAACUGAGAACUGUACCCAGUGGCUAUCUCUGGCUGUAGUGACAUUUAUUUCAUUUGGAAGUUCUCAGCAAUGUUGAGUUGUGACUCAUUUUGUACUGGAUUUUCCUUGAAUUCAUAAUGAUUAAUUGAUGAAAAUGAAAAUGAAUUUAUUGGGGCA